UCAUUUGAAGAGGCCUAAGAGGUGUGAGAUAUCGAAAGAUGGAAUAAAAGCAAGAAAGGCGACUUGGACCCUCUUCUACGGCGCUGAUAAUGUCCUCUCUAAGUCUUCUUGCUUUAAGCUUAAUCACCAAUCUGUCUCUAGGGAUGGUUAAAGGCUCAUUCCUACCUUACGAUUUUGCAAAAUCCGGACAAAUUGAGACGGUUGUGUUUACCGCGGCGAACAGAGAAACAGAAUCGUUUGGGCAACUUUACCUCGCCGGUUCUAGAAUGGAGGUCUUUUGCCAACUCAGAUAUAGAACGAUCCAAGACACUAAUGAAACCCGGAGAGAGCUUGUUGACCGCUUUGCUCUUAACGGAAUGCGACCGAGAAUCACCUUUUCAAACAUGACUCGAAAUUCGUCGUUCGAGUUCAACGAGUUUGUGGUGGAUGAAAAUGGUGCAUACUGGAAAGUCAACAUUUCAAAGUCGGAGAUAUCACAGGACAACUUCUCCCUGGAUAGCUCUGAGGCUUGGCAAUAUUAUGCAGAGCUAGGAAAAGGUUUAAAUCUCUUUGAGAGCAGUGGGACCUUAGUGGUUAAAGAACUGGAGCCGCUACUAAAUUUGCAGUUUGGCGAUGAAGUGCACGGUCCGAUAAGUGUCAUUUCGCCGCCGUACGGAGCAGUAAUAAGGCAUUCUGCUUGUUCACCUGGUGUUUCUGCUAUUGUACCUUUGCUUGACACCAGUAUAAAACAAUUCUCAGGUUGCUUUCUUGGAGUAACAUACAGCUAUUUCACUCCAUCCUCAAUGAAGUGGUACAAUCUGCUCCACCUCUCUGCAAGUGAACCUGACUUGUUCUCCAUUUGCAAGAAACCCCUAUUUUCUGAAUGUGCAACAUUGUCAAUACUGGAUUUUGCUGUCUUAAAGAACCAAAUGAUUGUUAUCACAUCUCAGGGCAUGCUCGUCUCACAGAUAUUUACAGAAGCUUUAGAAAUGGCUAGAGGACAAAAGGUGACUUUUUCCAGAGUUUCUCAAGUUUACCCUCCUCUAGACAAAGACAUGGAGCUUGGAAUUCUCCAGAAAGACCAGGUUAAUUUUCACUACACUGCACACUGCCACGACCUUUUCAUCUCAAAACAUGAGGAGGUAUUAUGCCUUGUGUACAACUCACUCCAAUCUCCAUCAAACGGAUCAGUGCUACUAUGCAGCUCAAGUCCUUUCACAACCUGGACGGAUAUGACUCCCAGGUCCUACAGGGAUAAGCACCUUAAAGUGCUUGGUGUUGGUCACGAUAUUCAAAGGGAUCGGGUGACACUGCUGGUUAGAGACAUCACCAAGGGUGAUAUGCGUGUGGAGAUCUUUGACAGCGAUACACAGAAAGUAAGUGGUCCACCUUUUCAUGUUGAUCCCGAGGACAAUGCUACUAGGAUAUACGUCCACCCAUUUGACAGUGUGCUCUUUGUUUAUGGAUCACAGGUGUGGAAGUCCUUGGAUGGUGGUAACUCCUUCCAUCAAGUUAGUGAUCUAGAUUCAGACGACUGGGUGACAUCGUUCUCCUGUGACUUCUACGGGGAGACGUACUCAUUCACCACUAGACUUGGCACUAUUUACACAGGCAAAACAGGAAUACACAGAGUAAGGCCAAUUAAGAGUGGAGAUAGUGGCCCGAGGCUAAAAGGUAUUGUGGGAUCAAUUGUAGUGGAGCAAGCCCGGAGUGUCUUAACGCUACACUUCCAUGCGGACAAUGGGGAGCUAAUUUUACAACAUAAUAACUUCGAGAUCACUGAUAGCACCAAUUUGCCAAUUACUUCCUUUUCCUCGAUGAUGCUCCGAAUUUUGAGUGAGACAACAAUGGAGUUUUUCCCGCUAUGUUACAGUGCUUUGAGCAAGUGUGGCAACCUUUUUGAUCCUACCCAUGUGGGACAAGUGAUUCACUCAAGCUACGGAGGCUCGGCAAUUAUUGCCCGUCUCAAGAAAAGCGUUCACGGCAGCAGGUUUGAGGGUAGCGUUAUUGCAGAGGUCAUCGAACCGUUCCAAGAACUCCAAGAUGAUGUCACUAACCACCCACUUAGCGUGUCUUUUCACGGUGAGAAUGCGACAUUAAAAUUAGCCGACGCUGAAUGGCGCGCGGAAGAUAAGGGAAGAACGAUAAUCCUUCCAAACGGACUGAGCUUUAUUGUGCUAGAUGAAAUCAAUAGUACCACCGUCAUCGCAGUGUCGCAUUUCCAUUGGACAAGGGGAAAAGGUCUUCAAGAGACUUACACUGGAUGGACCUUAUAUGACUUCAGCUCUUCGAAACUCGCUAACACAUCUUGGUGGCUAGAAGAAGAUGUGUGUAGAAGUGUUCUGAUCAGUAGUAGGGAGGGAGACGCACAGUUCAUCCAUCUCGACUCAAGAGACAACCUUUCACUCGUAGUCUCAGUUAUAAGUAAGGUCCUGUCUGGAGAAUGGCCGUCUGUACGUGCAUUACCCAAACUCUUAAUUGGAAACUCCAAGCUUUUUGUCGUUGAUUCGAGUUACUCUCUCGGACACCUCAAUAACAGCCUAAAUCUUUUCAUCAAGCAGAGGCCACAAGCUACAGGUAGCUCAUCACUUACUGUUUUUAUCGAAGAAUCUUCGCUCCUUUGUCGCAGCUCAUCAUUCACCAUCGCUGUUCACAGUGGCUGUCCUCCUUCCAAGAUGCUGCACUUCAUAUACCCAUUUACUGCUAGCGAAGAUGCGCUCUUGGCAUCCACAGUAAAAGACACGUUGGGCGUGGUACGCAACAAGAAGUUGCCUUAUAACUACCGCCCUCCGUCCGCCAGAGGUGUUGGGAUACCAAUGACUGCCAAUGUCUACCAUGCCGACCCUGCAAGACCACAGUAUAGAGACGCGUUUGUAGUGACUCGCAGCACGUACCGAUACAAGCAGUGUAAGGGCAAGGCCAAGCGCUCUCAUUGCGGAUGUACUCGUGCAACUAAGGUCUCGUCACUUGUACAGCACUCUGACUGUAUAGAGGUAGUCUAUAGGUUGCUCUUCGAUGAGAAACUAACGCCGCGAUUCCUUGUUCUCCGUGAGGGCAGAGAAGCCGAGACGUUGACUUCCCCAUACUACUUGGAAGAACUCAAUAAUCGUAGCGACUUCGAAAUUGUCAACUCAAGUAAUAAGACCGUUUUACAGCAAGCUGUUGUUAUGGAACAAGCAAAGAAUAGUUCUAUUUACUUCUACGGCUCAGGGCUUUUCCACUUCAGAGCGUUUGCCGUACAGGAAAACUACACGUUCUGCGAUCUUGAAGCAGAGUUUCUGGUUUUCGUCGAUGAGACCCCGCUUCCAUACCCUGCGAAGGAUAUCAUUCGCGCUUGUACUGCUAUGGGAUUCUUUACGUUAUUAUACGUGCUAUAUUUGUGGAACUUCCACUUUAGACAUAACAUCAUAAACGAGUUAGAAGAAACACACAAAUGAACUCUGAAGACAUUUUCUGUGUAUUUGUGUUGUAAAUAGACUCGAUAGCAAACUGUUAAAGAUCUCCACGUUUUCGUUUUUAUAUGCUUUUUAUCUCAGACGGUUUUGAUGUUUUUAUGCAUAUAGAACCUUUUUCUUAAGUUUCCUUAAAUUAUCAAACUAGGUUCAAUAUCUGUGAUAUUUCCAAUCAUGGUUCCAAUUUCACAAAAAGCAAUCAGACUGAUGAUUAUUUAUUUUUUGUUUAUCACACGCGUAUGAUCUAUCACAAUAUUUUACCUAUUUAAGGUUUGUUUACUCUGAUGAUCGUGAAUGAUCGUAUGGAAAGAAACUCCAUACAUUUCGCAGCAUUGGUUUAGAUGGUAAAAUGGUAAGACAGUGCCGUAACAGGCGCCCGUUUCUCGAAACUCCCGAGAAUUCUCGGACCGGAAACAUUUUUGCUAAAAAAUUCGCAUGUUUUCCUUUUGGAGAACUGCUUUCAUGUUUUAGAAAAGUUUUAAAUUUUCUUUGGUUCGUAUUCCAAAUGAUAACGCUCAAUAGGGAUAUUUUUGAAGUUUCGCUGAAGCCAAAAAGUUACCCGAGAAGUCUCGGGUGACUGCGAGGUCCAGCGAACUUUUUUAUUUAAGCCAUGUGAAUUUCGGGUCCGAGAAGUUCAGGAAAGAUCAAAAUCGAUGAAGGCCUCGAAAUAUUGGGGGUUGGAGCACAAUAGAGAAACAUUAAGAAAAAUAUCUUGGGGAACAGCUGCGGCCCUACUGGUCAUUUCCUUAUCAGUUUUGUAAAUAUUGGGGGAGGGGGCACAUGCCCCUGUAAGGUGUUCUACUCACCGCAAGAAUAUCUUCCUAGCGGGUAUUUUAAUCUGCUUUACUUGGUAAUCGUGAUGCCCACGCAGAACAUGGCAUAAUAGUUUUGAGCCAGCCAUAAAAGAAUAAGUUCUUUUUCGGCGUUCUUCGCUCUUUGAAUUUGUUUUCGGGUAAAGCGACAAUAUUAAGGAAGGCUUUGACUUUUUGUAGCUACUGCGCAUGUACGAGUAGCUACUAUGUUAUCACGCAGAAAAAAAAGUAAGAUUUGCCGCGGGGUUUGCUGGGAAAAUUUGACCUCGGAUACAUUUCGGGAUAUGCUCGUUACGAUGCGGGUAUUUUAUCUUUGUGAAAGAGAAAAGUAACUGGAAUUCGACAUGCUCGACGUGCCCUUUAGAACGGCUCAAUACAAGCAGUAAUAAGAUUAUUUUUAGUAUCCCACUUUGCUAGCGUUGGCUUCGUGGCUAAGUGGUUAAACACGAACGCGCGCUAUAAAAGGGAUCGCUCCGCCGCCUUUUUUGCAUACUAAUCAGUAUCCAACAUGGCGGCUGGUCGCGUUAUCAAAGGGGAGAAAGACAGCUCGAAUAAAGCAUAAUUAAAACAACUUUUUAUUUGUCAAUAAAGCUCUAACUUAAUAAUUAA